AUGCCAGGAGCAGUGCUCGUACCAAUUGGCGGUCGGAAACUGACCCUCAGAGAGAAAAUACCCCCUAAGAGUGUCGUCUAUCCAUUCGCACUCGUCACAUCUUUGUUCUUCCUCUGGGGAUUCGCGUACGGCUUGCUCGAUGUUCUCAACAAACACUUUCAAAACAUCCUCGACAUCACCAAAUUACAAUCGACUGGGCUUCAAGUCGCAUAUUUUGGUCUCGGAUAUUUCUGUUUCUCACCGAUUGCUGGGGAAAUCCUUCGUCGGAAGAGUUAUAAGUUUACGAUUCUCAUGGGCCUGACUUUUUAUUCCACCGGCGCGAUAUUCUUCUGGCCAUGCGCUAAAUUCGCAUCAGAGGAUAACAAGAAGGCUGUCUUUGCUGGGUUCGUGGUGUGCACGGGAGUGAUCGCUUGCGGGCUCGCGUCCUUGGAAACUGCGGCUAACAGUUACAUCACGUGUUUACCCGGGACAGAACCCUCUGGGGCGGCAUUCCGUCUUCAGUUAUCCCAAUCCUUCAAUGGCGUUGCGGCGUUUAGUGGUCCAUUCAUUGCGUCGAAAUACUUCUUUACUGGCGAGAAUGCGAACGAUCUAACAAACGUACAAUGGGUAUACCUGGCUGUCGCAUUGCUGGGAGUAUCCAUUGCGCUUCUAUUCACUUUCACCCAUCUUCCUGAAACCUCAGAAGCUGAGCUGGAGGCUGCUGUACAAGCCGCUGCGGAGGUAUCUGGCGUAAACUCGAAAACUGAUGAUUCUAUCUUUAAGCAACAUCGUGUUUGGUUUGGAUGGUUUGCCCAGUUCGUAUAUGUUGGUGCCCAAGUUACUAUCGCCUCGUUCUUCAUCAAUUACGGCGCGGAGGCUGUUGGCUAUUCAGACGCCAAGUCAUCCAAUUUCCUGUCUUAUUCUCUCAUCAUGUUCACCUGCGGGCGCUUCCUCGGUGUUUUCGUCCUCACCCUAUGGCCAGGCGAGCUUCUGGUUGGCAUUUGGGCUACACUCUGUAUGGUUUUCGUCACCUGUGCAACCUUUGUCCACGGAGAAGGUGGUCUCGCCUGCUUGAUGCUCACCAUGUUCUUCGAGGGACCCCUCUUCCCGUGCAUCUUUGUCAUGUCGACCAAAAAUAUGGGACGACACACCCGUCGUGCAUCCUCGCUCUUGAUUUCGGCCAUCUCGGGUGGAGCAGUCUUCCCACCGAUUCAGGGAGCAAUUGCCGACAAGCACGGUACACGUAUCUCAUUUGCGCUCUGCAUACCCGCGUUUGCGUACACCGCUGCCUUUGGAUUCUGGCUAUGGGUCAGACAUGGAGCACACUUUAACCUCCGGCACGAGAAGGUGGCCGAGGUUGAGCCUGCGCUCGAAGCUGUGGGACGUACGUCUCUCCACUUGCACCCUCACGAAAAGGGUGGGUUCGAUGGGAGUCCAGUUGGACAAACCCAAGACGUACGCGAAGAUGAGUUGAAGGAGAAGGUUUAA